UUCGCUGUCAACUUCACGCUUCUGCGAUUGUCUUUUAUUCCAAAGAAUUGUGUUUCAUUGCACAUGUUCAUUGAUUUCCGUGGAUUUUAGGAAAAGUAUAGCGAAUAUUGCAAUAAAAUGGGUGCUAUAGCGAGCAGAUACCGUGUGCAUAACUCUGGACUAACCAACUUAGACGCGAAAAAUGUUGAAAGUGAAACUAAACGAGAAAAUCCUGGGACGUUAGAUGAGCUACAUAAAAAGACCAAAGAUGUGAUGCCAGUCAAUUUUGAAGGUGGUAAGUUGAUGGUGAACAGAGGACUUUCCAAUAACUUCCAGAUGUCCCACACGCUCACAAUGAGCUCACAGCAGAAUGGUUACAAGUUGGGUGCAACAUACAUAGGUACCAAGCAGAUAUCACCAACGGAAGCAUUUCCUGUAAUCCUGGGUGAUGUGGAUCCUGCUGGUAAUGUCAACUUCAGUCUCAUCCAUCAGCUCACGCCAGAGAUAAGGUUGAAAGGAGCUGCACAGGUGCAAGAGUGCAAGUUGACGGCCACGCAAGGCACGGUGGAGUAUAAGGGCCCUGACUACACCCUCGCCCUUGCGGUAGGCAAGCCCGACUUCAGCGAGAAGUCUUCUGUGUUGGUUGGACAUUACUUACAGUCGGUGACGAAGCGACUGGCGGUCGGCACCGAGCUGGUGUACCAGUCCGGGGCCAGGGUGAUGGGCGGGGAAAUAGCCAUUACCUCCGCAGCGGCCAGAUACACCAUGGAUGAUUCAGAGAUAUCGGCAACACUAAGCGCUGCCAACUUCCACCUGUGUUACUUCAAACAAGCCAGUGAACAGUUACAGAUUGUCGCGGAGAUGGACACGUCGUUUAGAGGCAUGGAAUCGACCGGCACCAUCGGCUACCAGGUGACCAUACCCAAGGCCGAUCUGGUGUUUAGAGGAAUGGUCGACUCCAACUGGAACAUAGGAGCUGUCCUCGAGAAGAAACUGCAACCUCUACCAUUCACGUUUGCCCUGUCCGGAAUGGCGAACCAGGCCAAGCAGCAGUUUAAGUUCGGCUGCGGGCUCAUCAUCGGCUAGUGAAGCGUCCAGUGCUUACAAACUAUAUGUUAUUAGUUUCCUCACUGUUUAUCGAUGAACAUGGUAACUGUAAAUGUGAUGUGUAGUCUUUUAUACCUCUGCUUGUGGUAAUUAAUAUUUCUUCUGGUUAUAGGAAUUUAUUUACAAUGACUUAUAAUCAUAAGUAUGCAAUUUUAUUACCCAGUUGUAUCAAGUUGACUUACUGUUAUUGGUAAACAACACUAAUAUUAAUAUUUGAUCCCGCUCGAAAAUAAACCAAUUAGAAUAUGUUUUAAGCUUGUUUAUUACUUUGUUCUGAUUGGUUCGUUUUUUCGAAGGAUGGAAAAAGCGAUCGGAAUUGUUUAUUGAAAACUGAGUUUAUUUACUCAACGAUGGCCAACAAUAAUAAUUGUAUAAUUCAAAUUUACCUAUUUGCGUCUUCACGCUAAAUCCACCCUUAAAGUCGAUUAUUUAAGUGGAUUACUGUCGCAAAUUGCAGUUACUGUGUUCCGUCGCAACGGUCCUGUAGAUUGUUUGUCAAUAUGUAAGGUCUAUAUCCAGGUUGUUUUGAGUAUCUGUUAAACAUACAUUUGUCUGUCUGUACAGUUUAGUUGAAUUGUUUGUGUUAGUAUGGAUUUGCUACUGACAAUAUUAAUAAUAUUAGCCCUGUAUUAUAUACUGUCUCAUUGCUGGGCACAGGCCUCUACAGCUGAGAGGGAUCAGGCCUUAGUCCACCACGCUGUAGUGCGGAUUAGUAGACUUCACACUCGAGAUUCCUAUAAAGAACUUCUCGGGAAUACAGGUUUUCUCAAGAUAUUUUCUUUCAACAACAAAUGUACAUUAAUUACUCGGAGAUAUUUAGACUGAUUUUCGUGAUUACGUUGUUCGGUACAAGGAAUUCUUACGAUGGUCCCACAAAAAAAUUUCAAGUUCGUAAGAAUGAAUGCUGAACCUAAUUUCCAUAAUGUUAACAAUCCCAUACAAAGUAAUACCCGAUCCGGCAAUCUAAGCCAGUACCUUCUAGUGCCCAUACAAACUUUCACUAACCACUAUUUUCAACGACCCUUUUUUCUACCUAUCUCAAAAAUGGACCAAUCAGAACAAAGAUUUUUGACAUGCAUACAAAUGAUUAUUUUGAUUGGUUCAGUCUCGUAAUCGGAUUGAAGAUUGAGAUCGUAUGUUGAAAAUGAUUGUGGUGAAUUAGUUUAGUGGUUUCCCUAGUAAUGGACAUUGACAGUAGCAAGUUCAUAUGAUGUGCGAGUGAAUUACAAUUUCCUAAUUAGUUGUAACAUGAUGGUACCUCUGUGUAUUAGCUUGAAGAUAUUUAAGCAUUAUUUGCUGUGUUUACCCUCAUUUUUACACUUAUAUUUUUUUGUUAUGAAUCGCUUACAAUUAUUACCAGGCUCGCAUUUAGACGUGUCGCUCUGAGUUGUGUAACCCCCCAAUCUUGAAAUAUACAUUUUUAUUUUACUCAGAUGGAUUGACAUGUUUAAUUUAAGAUAAGUCUUUUUACUUGAACAUAUUGCAUAAUGUUAUAAUUUAAUGUCAUUUUAUAAAUUAAUUCUGUAAACCUCUUAAUUUAGUGGACUCAGAGAUUUUGUUAUAUAUAAUUAAUUUGGUGUAUAUUAUAUUAUACCGUGUAGUAUUUUGUGAAACGUGAAUUUUGGCAUCUAUUUUUUCAUAUUUACACAACUUAGAGCGCAAAAGGUCAUUCCAGAAAAUUCAUUUGUUAUUCCACUAUUCUUCACCAGUGCCGUAUGCAAGCGUAAAACUGGGGGUCAAAAUGCCCAAGACAGCGUUGAAUGUUGCUACAAUGUAGAGCCUUAGUUUACGCAUAGACUGAGUUCAUCAUGGAUUUAUGCUCAAUAAUUCUGGAAUGAUCUUAAGAAACAAAUAACAAUAAUUGUAUGUCCCGAGCGCGGUCCGAUUUUGAUUGUAGUUUUGCUCACGACAACUAACGUCUUAAUCACUCCAGGUCGAUUUGUUAUUAGAGUGAAAGGGACAAAAUAUAAUCGAAAGUAAAGCUGUAAGAAUCGGACGGACGAGCGACGUUUGCGAUCUUUUAAUAUAAUGCGUACAAUGAAAGCAAUUAUUUUUUGUACUUGUAACAAAAUAUAUUUAUUAAAUGUGGUUCAUUAUGACUGAAUGAGAAAUGCACGUUUGUGUGCUAACAGACUUGUAAACAAUUUAUUUUUUGCUUAGGGGCCCUGUGAGGCAAGGGCCCUUGAUUACUGCCUUAAUACGCCUCUGUAACUGUUGCAUAUUAAAAAUAAUAGGUGUAAGCGUUGGACAUCGUCGCCAACGCGCGGGACUCGAGCAUAUUCUAUGAGGUGUAGAUAAAUGACGUACUGUAUAUACUUGGCAUGUUGUUAAAUGUUUAUUUUUAAUAGAGUUACGUUAAUAAAUCGA